CUGGAGCCUUGUGUGGAGGAGCGGCUGCGGGGUGAAUUAAAAUUGUGCUGGAGUAUCAAAAGGAGAAACGUCCAGUUGUCUGGAGAAUCUGCCCAUCUGGCCCCAACCAAAGUCCCAAGGAUUCCGUUAUUGCAGCGUGCUGGAAAGUAACAUCCUCUCAGGAGUGUGAAGGAUGUAUUCACCGCAGCGGAGGGACUUUAUAUCAGUGACACUGGGUAGCCAGGCAGGAAGGAACUAUGACAACAGUAAAACCUGGAGAAGACAAUCAUGUUGGAGGAAAUGGAAACAGCUUUCAAGAUUGCAGCGAAGCCUAAUUGCCUUCCUCUUUGUCUUCAUGGUGUUUUGUGGUAUUGCAGCAUAUCCUAACCUGUCGGAACACUGGCAAGCAGAUGAAGGUCGUGAGGGACAGCUGAAACAAGUUAAGCCUGUGGUUGUACCUGCGCUAGAUGUGCUUUCACCCAAGGCACCAUCUAUCUCGCAGCCACAGAAACUCAAAAGACCAAAUGUGAACAAGCGUGGGCCACCAUUUUUACAAAAUCGACUGUCGAAGAAAGAAAAAGAGGAAACUAAAAUCAGGAAGGAAGAAAAUGAAGCUGAAGCUAUUCCUGAUGACAAGGAUAAAGAACAAAAUAACAUGAUCAGUUGGCAUGGGAUGGAGAUUGCUCCUGGAUCGGUUACCGUAGCUUUACCCAAUUCAAAGCAAGAGAAGAAGCCAAUGUCUCAUGAAAAAGUAAACGCCAAAGAAACAGCCACUGUAAAUGAGCAGCAGAAGGCAGUGAUAGAAGCAUUCCAGCAUGCGUGGAAGGGAUACAAACAGUAUGCCUGGGGGCAUGAUGAACUGAAGCCGAUCUCUAAGACUUACAGUGAAUGGUUCGGUUUAGGAUUGACACUAAUUGAUGCCCUGGACACGAUGUGGAUUUUGGGCCUAAAACAAGAAUUUGAAGAAGCCAGGAAAUGGGUGAUUAACGAAUUGAAUCUUGGUAAAAGCGUGGAUGUGAACUUGUUUGAGACAACAAUUCGUAUUCUUGGUGGAUUACUCAGUGUAUACAAUCUAACUGGAGAUCAGGUCUUCCUGGAUAAAGCAAGUGAGCUUGGGGACCGCCUCAUGCCAGCCUUCAACACUCCGUCCAAGAUUCCAUACUCUGAUGUGAAUAUUGGCCGCGGAACUGCCCAUCCACCUCGCUGGACCUCUGACAGUACCGUCGCAGAGGUGACCAGCAUUCAGCUGGAGUUUCGGGAGCUCAGUCGGCUCACCAAAAAGGAAAAGUACCAGGCAGCAGUAGAUGACGUAAUGAAACGUAUUCACAGACUUGGAGGAAAAAAGGAUGGAUUGGUGCCAAUGUUCAUCAACACUAACUCUGGGCAGUUUACCCACCUUGGUGUCUAUACAUUUGGUGCCAGGGCUGACAGCUACUAUGAGUAUUUGCUUAAACAGUGGAUCCAGGGAGGAAGGAGAGAGGCAGACUUGCUAGAAGACUAUCUACAGGCCAUAGAGGGUGUCAAGAAGAACUUGAUUCGAAAAUCAGAACCAAACAAACUGACAUUUGUAGGUGAAUUGUCCCACAAUCAGUUCAGUCCAAAGAUGGAUCAUUUGGUGUGUUUCCUCCCUGGGACUCUCGCUUUAGGAGCUCAUCAUGGGCUCAGUGCAGAUCACAUGGAACUGGCCAAGGAACUGAUAGAAACCUGCUACCAAAUGUAUGCACAGAUUGAAACCGGGUUAAGCCCAGAGAUUGUACAUUUCAAUCUGAGUCCACACAAUGCCAAGGAUGUUGAAGUUAAGCCUGCAGACAGACACAACCUCUUAAGACCUGAGACAGUCGAAAGCCUUUUUUACAUGUAUAGAUUUACACGUGAUAAGAAAUACCAGGACUGGGGCUGGGAGAUUUUUCAAAACUUCAACAAAUAUACCCGGGUUGACACAGGAGGUUAUACUUCCAUUAAUAACGUGCGGAGUUCUGAGAACCCUGAACCCCGGGAUAAAAUGGAGAGCUUCUUCCUUGGAGAGACAUUGAAAUAUUUCUUCCUCCUUUUUUCUGAUGAAUUUAACUUAAUCAGCCUGGACAAAUAUAUUUUUAAUACUGAAGCACACAUUCUUCCGAUAUGGACAACCUGAUAAAUGUAGGAAUGAUAAGUUUUGUCUAGAAACCUGGUACAUCUUGGUUGUGGGAUCUACAAUGUCAGUUGGAGCUAACCACUGUGGAGGAUUUGUAUUAAUCACUGUGAACGUUCACAGCUACACAGGUGUGUGUAUAAAAAGUGGCCAUGGCUGCACAGGUGUGUUUAGAAACAAAUGUGAACCUAAAUAUUAUAAACCAGGGAACAAUUAUAAGAAGAGUUGCACUUGAAUUGACUUGUUUUGUAUAUUACAAAAGAUACUUACCACGUUGCCUGCCCAUUCAUUCUUUCCUGUCGAGUUCAGUCCAAUAGAGGAAUAUUUUAUGUAACUUUUUUAAAAUUAAAUGGCCUGAAUGCAGAAAUAGAACAGAUUUUAUGGACAUAUAGACGGAAUUGAUAAGGAUAGAAUUCUUAUAAAUAUCGGUGACCAGGAAAGCUAAUUAUAUACUUGGUUAAAUAUAGAAUAAUCAAAAUUGAUUCAUUCAUGUGUUAUGAUUAUAGUCCAAAAAUAUUGAUGACAUUUAUGUAAAUAUGUAAUGAAAUUAUAUUUGCAAUACCAAUGUGUGAAAUAUCUUAAGGAAAAAUGCGGGUCCCAACUAUGUGUAAAUAUAAAUGCUGCUGGUUUAUUUUGAAAAGUGGUUAGUAUAAUCCAUUAAACUAAAUUUCUUAGCACAGGUUUUGUUCACUGAUUAAAUAUCCUUACCCCCAUAUCUGAAGAUGAUGCAGACUGGGUUUGUUUUCUGUAAAUAAAACGUAGCAUUUCUCUCUCUGCUUCAGGCUGCAGCUUGAUUGCAUUUGAAAUAUAUCUAACAACAUAAUGCUAAUUUUAAAUUUUGCAUUCCUGAUAAAAACCUGGAAAGGAUUUAUUUAUUCAGCAUUUGAAUGAGUGUUUUGGUGAUGCUUUCCUCCUCCUGCAAUAUGAGAAAUCAGGUGCAGUAGGAUACAAGUUAGAUUCAGGCAGCCUUUAUUAAUUUGUUGCUAAUUACAAGGGAGGAAGGGUUAAAUAAUGAGAUGCAAUCAAUCAGAUUUUAAAUGAGUAAAACAAGAGGAAAUGAGCCAUAAUUUUGCAAUUAUUUCAAAGUUGUCCAAUUUGUCUGGGCAUUAGUUUGAAAACAGCCUUUGAACCUGAAGUUAGAAGCAUUUCCAGAGGACACCAAUAUUUAUUACUUAAAUUUCUAGAUGCUGUAACUGGCAGCAAAUGAUGCUGAUCUUGAUUUUGUCACUUUUGAAUUAUUUGUAAUGCACUUAGUGUUGCAUUUCUUACAUGGUAGAUCAUGGGUGCAGUGCCACUUCUCGUUUUUGUGCCAUUUGGAAGUAAGCUGUUUUGGAUGGAUUUUUCAGACUAACAUGCAACUUUGCAGUAGUUCCAGGGAUGUCUUGAGUGUCUUUACAUUAAAUUGCAACACUACAAUGAAAGUGCCAUAUAUAAAUGAGAAAAAUGAAGCUUGCUCAGUAACUGGCUGCAUAUGCUGUUGAACAGCAGCUAAAUUCUUACAAAUUUGAGUAAACUGAACAUUGUAUUCAAUAUGAAUAAUGGCUGCUGGAAUGUACAAAACUGAAACAGUUUGCCUGCUGCAUCUUACUAUAAGAAUAACUUGGAAACAAAUAUCAGGUGAAUUAGGCAAGUUGCAAUUCCUGCACCAACACUCAAUAAUUUCAGGUUAAUAGCUUUAACACAGCCUGAUUGGCAAUAUCCCUGCCCCCUUCUGUAAAACAUUUUUCAGUGUAUUUUCUUUACCCUGUUCUUGUUUAAGUACUCGAAUGUUUUAAAUUGAGCGGCAGUGAAUGUAGCUUUAAUCUCUAUCAUUCCUUUAUUUAAUACUGUUACAUUUAACAACUUGUGUACUGUUUGUGUGCUAUUUUCAAUAAUCAAGUGACCUUGUCUGAGAUUCUCCUUCUAGAAAAAACUGUAAAUGUUCUGUAAAUUUUCAAUUUUAUUGUAUAAAAUUUUCUCCAAUACCAAUGCAAAUACAAAAUU